CCCGAGAGUUUGGGGCUGACUUUAAUUAAUCAAGAAGUAUUUGUUGAGUUUAGUUCAUUCAUCAUUCCAGAAGUACCUAUUCAGGGCUCAAGGAAAAUGGGAAAUUUGGAAGGAUUGCCAGGCUUCAAAGACUGUUUAAUUUACAGGGUCCAUGAUACAAACCUAAGAGGGUAGAGGGACGGUCACAUGAAGCACAUAGCAAGAAAGUAGCCAUCUACAAGCCCGAAAGAGAGCUCUCAUCAGAAACCAAAUUUGCUAGCACCUUGAUCAUGGACUUCUAGCCUCCAGAACUCUCCCACCUCCACUGAAGAUCCUAGCAAGACAACAUGCCUCCCAAGAAGCCUGAGCCUAAGAAGGAAGCAGCCAAGGCCGCCCCAGCCCCAGCCCCUGCCCCAGCUCCUGAACCCCCCAAGGAACCUGCCUUUGACCCCAAGAGUGUAAAGAUAGACUUCACUGCUGACCAGAUUGAAGAGUUCAAAGAGGCUUUCUCGUUGUUUGACCGGACGCCAACUGGGGAGAUGAAGAUUACCUACGGGCAGUGUGGGGACGUGCUGCGGGCCCUGGGCCAGAACCCCACCAACGCCGAGGUGCUGCGUGUCCUGGGCAAGCCUAAGCCUGAAGAGAUGAAUGCCAAGAUGCUGGACUUUGAGACGUUCCUGCCCAUCCUGCAGCACAUCUCCCGCAACAAGGAGCAGGGCACCUACGAGGACUUUGUGGAGGGGCUGCGCGUUUUCGACAAGGAGAGCAAUGGCACCGUCAUGGGUGCUGAGCUUCGCCAUGUCCUUGCCACCCUGGGAGAGAAGAUGACCGAGGCUGAAGUGGAACAGCUGUUGGCUGGGCAAGAGGAUGCCAAUGGCUGCAUCAAUUACGAAGCCUUUGUCAAACACAUAAUGUCUGGGUGAAGCAGACCCGUCUAGGGUGCCUGGCCCUUGGCCUUAGCCUUUCUGGGGUGAGUUAAGCAAGAGGCCCAGAGUGACUGAGCUGGAACUGGGGUCCUGGACUUAACCGCUGUGCCACAGCCCCAAGGACUCCCUGUAAAUAAACAGUUUGAGCAA